GAGAUGCUAAAACAGAACAAAAACCUGGUGAGAAAAAGAGGGGAGUGAAGAGACCACGUGAAGACCAUGGCCGUGGAUAUUUUGAAUACAUUGAGGAGAAUAAGUACAGCAGGGCCAAGUCCCCUCAACCACCUGUUGAAGAAGAAGAUGAACAUUUUGACGACACGGUGGUUUGUCUUGAUACUUAUAACUGUGACCUGCAUUUUAAAAUCUCAAGAGACCGAUUUAGUGCUUCCUCUCUGACCAUGGAAAGCUUUGCUUUCCUUUGGGCCGGAGGGAGAGCCUCCUAUGGUGUUUCUAAAGGCAAAGUCUGCUUUGAGAUGAAGGUUACAGAAAAGAUACCUGUUAAACACCUGUACACAAAAGACAUUGACAUACAUGAAGUUCGAGUUGGCUGGUCACUGAACACAAGUGGGAUGUUGCUUGGUGAAGAAGAAUUUUCUUAUGGGUAUUCUCUAAAAGGAAUAAAGACAUGCAAUUGUGAGACUGAAGACUUUGGUGAGAAGUUUGAUGAAAAUGAUGUGAUUGGAUGUUUUGCUAAUUUUGAUGGUGAUGAAGUGGAACUCUCAUAUUCCAAGAAUGGACAAGAGCUUGGUGUUGCAUUCAAAAUAAGUAAGGAAGUUCGAUCGCUCUUCCCACAUGUUCUCUGCCAUAACUGUGCAGUUGAGUUCAACUUUGGUCAGAAGGAGGAACCUUACUUCCCUGUCCCUGAAGAGUAUACCUUCAUCCAGAAGGUCCCCCUGGAGGAUAGGGUCCGAGGACCAAAGGGACCUGAGCAAAAGAAAGAUUGUGAGGUGGUGAUGAUGAUUGGCUUGCCUGGAGCUGGCAAGACUACAUGGGUUACCAAACAUGCAGCAGCCAACCCUGGGAAAUACAACAUUCUUGGGACAAAUACUAUUAUGGACAAAAUGAUGGUUGCAGGUUUUAAGCGGCAGAUGGCGGACACUGGAAAACUUAACACACUGUUGCAGAGAGCUCCACAGUGUCUUGGAAAGUUCAUUGAGAUUGCAGCUCGUAAGAAGCGGAAUUUCAUUUUGGAUCAGACAAAUGUGUCUGCAGCUGCGCAGAGGAGAAAAAUGUGCCUGUUUGCAGGCUUCCAGCGCAAAGCAGUUGUUGUUUGCCCAAAAGAUGAAGACUACAAGCAAAGAACACAAAAGAAGGCAGAGGUGGAGGGAAAAGAUCUUCCAGAGCAUGCAGUUCUCAAAAUGAAAGGGAACUUCACACUGCCAGAGGUAGCAGAAUGUUUUGAUGAAAUAAUCUAUGUAGAGUUGCAAAAAGAAGAAGCUCAGAAGCUUUUGGAACAAUACAAAGAAGAAAGUAAGAAAUCUCUUCCGCCAGAAAAGAAACAGAACACUGGCUCAAAGAAGAACAAGAAGAGCAAUAAAAAUCAGUUUAAUAGGGGUCAGAGAGGACGUGGAGGAUUCAACAUGCGGGGCAACUUCAGAGGAGGAGUCCCUGGCAAUCGUGGUGGAUACAACAGGAGGGGAGGCAACAUGCCUCAGCGAGGUGGUGGAGGUGGUGGUGGCGGCGGUGGCAGCAGCGGUGCGAUUGGCUACCCAUAUCCUCGUGGCCCUGUCUUUCCAAGCAGAGGUGGCUACUCAAACAGAGGAAACUAUAACAGAGGUGGAAUGCCCAACAGGGGAAACUACAACCAGAACUUCAGAGGAAGGGGAAAUAAUCGUGGCUACAAAAACCAAUCUCAGGGCUACAACCAGUGGCAGCAGGGUCAAUUCUGGGGUCAGAAGCCAUGGAGUCAGCAUUAUCACCAAGGAUAUUAUUGAAUACCCAAAUAAAUGAACUGAUACAUAUUUCUCCAAAACCUUCACAAGAAGUCGACUGUUUUCUUUAGUAGGCUAACUUUUUAAACAUUCCACAAGAGGAAGUGCCUGCGGGUUCCUUUUUUAGAAGCUUUGUGGGUUGAUUUUUUUUCUUUUCUUUUUUUGUACAUUUUUAAUUGCAGUUUUAAAGUGAUUCGUAAGAGAACCUCAGCAUUGUGCACGAUAAGAGAAUGUGUCAGUAUUUCAGGGUUCUACAUUUUAUCUGUAAAAUGUGACUUUUUUUUUACCACAACAAAAGUAAAACGUUGCUUUGUACCUGGUGUCUUUUUAUUAAAGAAUUUUCUCCUUUUCCCCCAUCCCCCAAUUUCUAAGAAACAGUCGUGAGUCAUGUCACAAUACGAUAGAAAUGUUAGCAACCAGAUUCGCACGGAGGCUCCAUAGUAGCCCUCCUGGAUACCAUGCAAUUAUGUAAAGCUCCGUAUUACACUCCACCCUCUCUAUGAAGCUUCUGGGUGGGGAGGGGAGGAGGGGGAGGCAAAAGUUUCUGGCAAUAACUAGGACUUUUUUGUAACCUUUGGAACUUCAAUAAGACAGUGGGGGCAAAGAGGAAACCUGGGGCUAAAUAGCGAAGGUGGAGUGUAUGUAGAAGCUCUUAAAGUUGUAAAACUUGGUUGCAUUAUUUGUGGAGGCUCAAACUUGUGAAGGUACACCACCAUAAUUUCUUUUCCAUUUGUUCUGCAUUUUGAUUAUGAGAAGAAGCUGGCUUUACCCAUUUCUUAUUAAACAAAACUUGUUGUAAAUCCAG